GGGUCUUUCCAUCCAGCUCUCAACGGAUCUCCUUCUCUCUCAGUUCUCUGUGGCCCUUUCGGCUUUUCAAUUCUACUCCUACUUCUGUUUCUGCUUUUGAUUAAUCCUUGAAGAUCUUAUUAUUUUGAGCUCGGAAUUUUGUGUGGGUUUUUCCCCCCCUUGUUGCUUGGUCUAUUUGGCGUGUUUUGGGAUGGCUGGGAUAUGCUGCGGUGUUGUUGGAGAAGGUGAGACCCCAACUCCAAUUGAGCCGGGCCGACCCUCUCGGCGCCGGAGGUUGGAUAUAGUGCCUUUAAAACUCAUGGCUGACAUGGCCGUGCCGCUGCCCGAGACUAGCUUGAAGCGCCAGAAGCUGGAUCUCUCUGCUAGUUCUCAGACGCAACCAAGAGACUGCGUAAACGCGGUGGAGAAUUGUAAAUCUAGCGGUGUUGAGAAGGAAGAAGAACAGAACGAGGAGGAACACAAAGGGGACGAAGCUCCGUCGAGGGUUUCUUCGUUAAAUUCAAGUGCUACAAAAGAGUGUGAUAAUGAGAGUAUUAACGAGUGUCCAAAGUUUGGGGUUACAUCGGUUUGUGGUAGGAGGAGGGACAUGGAAGAUGCGGUUUCAGUUCGUCCUUCGUUCUGCCAAGAACAGGGUCAAAAUCGGAAUGAGCUUCACUACUUCGGUGUGUUCGACGGCCAUGGUUGCUCUCAUGUUGCGACGAUCUGUAAGGAUAGGUUGCAUGAUAUUGUGAAGGAAGAGGUCGGUGGAGCGCGAGAGGAUUUGGAAUGGAAGUCUACGAUGGAACAGAGUUUCGCUCGGAUGGACGAGGAGGUGCAGAACUGGAGCCAGAGCAACCAGAACUCCACCUGCAGGUGCGAGCUUCAGACACCUCACUGCGACGCUGUUGGAUCUACCGCGGUUGUUGCCGUUGUUACGCCGGAUAAGGUCAUCGUCUCCAACUGCGGCGACUCCCGCGCCGUUCUCUGCCGAAACGGCGUCGCCAUCCCCCUCUCGUCCGAUCACAAGCCCGACCGACCCGACGAGUUGCUCCGAGUUCAAGCCGCUGGAGGACGGGUCAUUUACUGGGACGGUCCUAGGGUUCUCGGAGUCUUGGCAAUGUCCAGAGCCAUAGGCGAUAAUUAUCUAAAACCGUACGUGAUAUCGGAGCCGGAGGUGACGGUGACGGAGCGGACAGACGAGGACGAGUGUUUGAUACUUGCCAGUGACGGGCUGUGGGACGUGGUAUCAAACGACACCGCAUGCGGGGUCGUACGGAUGUGCCUGAAGGUGCAGAAACCGCCGUCGCCUCCAAGAUCGCCGGGAAGCGACGUGGCGGUGUACUCCGCCGUGGAUGGUUCGGACAAGGCUUGCUCGGACGCAUCCAUCUUGCUGACUAAGCUAGCUCUGGCCCGGCAUAGCACGGACAAUGUGAGCGUGGUGGUGGUGGAUUUGAGGAGAGAGAAACCAGGCGACGAUGGGAACAAUAAUUAAAAACAGAUCAAACGGAGGAUAACGAAAAACCGAACUUAAGAAACCCAUUUGGAAACCAAAGCAUGAAGGGAGAGAGAUCAGAAAGAAUUGUGACGAGAAGGUGAAGGAGAAUGGAAGUGAGAUAAGAAAUUUCAGAAUUGUAACAUUUGGAAAAAUGAGCAAAUGAUUACAGGAAAUUGUAGGUUAGUGAAAAUCGCAGUGUCAACAAAGCCUUCAAAAUCAGCGGUUGACACGCUUUUAUUUGUCUAUAUAUAUAUAUAUAUAUUUGAGCUCUA